AUUAACCUUUAAUCUCCAUAGACCAGCAGCUACCUUUGACUCUUGAGCAACCCACCCCCUUCUUCAAACCCACCGUCCCGGCAGCCUGCUUGGAUUCCGCCUUCGAUUUCCAACGCCCAGACACUGUGGUCCCAAACCAAAGGUCGGUCAAUACGCCACUGCUGCCCAUCUCCCCAGGUACAGGAUAGGAUAGGAUAGCAUAGGCCUAGCAGCAGGAGCCUGAGUACCUCGACUGGUGAAGAGGCUACCUGUCUUCCCUACUUACUCUUCUUCGGCUUGGUACCUGUCCCAGCUGGGUCUUGAUGAUAGCCAGGCGGGGAAAGACGGCACAGAGACAAAAAGAGAGGAGAAGAUAGAGAGAGACACGCUAUUUAGAGAGACACUGACCGGGAAAGAAAAGCACUGCUUUUGGUCACAUCUCCCAUCCAGCUUCUUUCUCCCCCCCCCCCACCGCUCCCUGUUCUCUCGUUAGACAUUCCGACAACAGGCCUCGCUGCCAAUGCCGCUGCUGUUGACAGCAGAGCACGGCAGAGGAGAAUAUACACCGGGCCAGGAGAGUUCUGUUCUUUCCGUUUCGUAGGGCAGCCGGUGCCUCCCCGUCUGCCACCGGAUUGUCAGACACAACCCACCCCCGGUACUUGGAGCUGAGGCGCCCAGGGUCCUCCGGUAGCAUUUUGGUGUUUGACUGCCCAUUCACAAGCCCCCCUUCAGCCCUCCCGAGCUAGAGCCUGGCUGGCUUUGGCCUAAGGAGAUCCCGGUUUAGCCCCCCAAGCCCAAGUCCCGCACCAUCAACGAGCUACAUAUAUUCGACAGCCGCCUCUCCACACUCGACGAACAGACCCGACUUGACUGGCGCCCCUAAGGUGAUCGACGCACGAUAACUCCUUUCGACAUCUCGGUCCAGGAUAGCUUAAAACCUGCACACAAAGCCUCCUUUCGAUUCCCGUCCACAAGGCCUUGCUGUCCAUUUACUCUAUACUACUGCUACUCAGUCUGCCCAUCCAUCAUAUCACUCCCUCCAUCCAUCCAAUCCACCCAUCGAACCGUUCCACAAGCCAAACCAACCUACCACUUCCUUGGGCCUGGCUCCUCGCUCCUCCCAAACGCCUCCCUCACCUCGUCUUGUCACCUUGUCUCGUCCCGCCUCACUCGCUCGCUCCCAUUCCUUCCUCUGUUGGACGUCUGAUUGUGCGUGGUUGCGAAUCACCGGCCUGAGUCGAGAGGACCAGCAGCGAUCAGGAGCCCCGUCGACUGCAUUCCUGAGCAUCGCUUUGAAGUUCCAGUCUUUUUCAGCUCUGACGCAAGCUUGCUCGAGUCCUUGAACACAAGGGGAAAUACCCGAGCACCCCUCUGCGCCUUGCCUUCCAGGUUUCGGUCACAUCACAGACUCUCGGUCUCGCGCCUGCUCUCCGGGUGCCCACUGGCCCUGCCUCCCGGAAAGAACGGAGAGAGAAAGAGAGAGAGACAGCAAGCAAGCGGGAAGGAAAAAAAGGGGGGGGAUUCAACGUGACCGCCAGAAACGAGAAGAAACAAUUCAUACCGACACCGACACCGACACCGACCCACCAUGGCCAUGGAAACUUCUUCGAGCUUUACGGCUCGGAGACAAGCGACCCAGGCUCUGCCGCCUUUCCAUCUGCCAUCGUCCCAAGAUAUACCCAGUAUGAGUAGAAAUCUUCAUCAAUACCCCUUCAAUUAUCACAAUCAGCCUCUUCAAUCACCAUCAACGUGGCAGGCCCCGGCGAUGAUCACGCCGUCGGCUCCGCCAUCCUCCUCCUCCGCCACCUCAAAUACCCAACACUCUCCCAAUACCGCCAGCUCUGGUCUAACAUCGCCUUCAGGAGUGCCAGGUGAAGGAUUAAGCCCGCUCUCCUCCGGCGUCAACACCACGAGCUCGCAAAGUUCCUAUUACCCGUCGGGCGUCCACGGGUCAUGGCCGACUCCGUCAACGUCCUACCAGCUCAGCUCUGGCAACCCCCAAGCCCUCAAUCAGCCGUCACAGUACGCAUCCCGAGCAAGUACCUACGAGCAGCAAUCCCCAAUGUCCUAUUCUCGCACUUCGCAGUCUCCCGCGACUGGGGGCGAGGGUCUGCCUGCGCCGCCCUACGGACAGCACCAGUCCUUCCAGUCGGGCUACUCUACGGGAGGAACGGGCUCUACUCCAGUCAGUUUGCCUUCCCAGGGCCCCCCAACGCCCCAGGCUGGGAUUCUCGGAUCCCAUGCCGCAGUCUCGACGCAGCCACCCACGCCCGGCGCUGUCCCUUCACACGUUGACUCGUAUACGCAGUCCCGGCCACCAGUGACGCCCAGCAGCUACUACUCGACGUCUUCCGCCUCCCAACAGUCCCCCUUUCCCAGCUUCCAACAACACACGUCUCCCAACGCCCACUCCCCGACGACAUCAGGCGGCCCCGGUAGGGGUCUUGCUUCUCUGCAACACCCUUCGGCCAUGGCCCCUCCCAACUCGUACCGCUACGGGUAUCAUGUUCCGUCAAUGGGAGGACCUAUCAUGUCAAACCUCACUUCGCCCGGUCACCAAAUGUCGCUUGUUCCGGGGAUGGGCGUUCCCGGCGGGUACGGAGCCCAUCAUCUCGGCACAUCGAUGUACGGCCACGGCCACGGCGGACAGCCGAACCCUCAGACGGAGCGGCCCUUUAAGUGCGACCAGUGCCCUCAAUCCUUCAACCGGAACCAUGAUUUGAAGAGACACAAGCGGAUCCACCUCGCUGUGAAGCCCUUUCCUUGCAACUUUUGUGACAAGAGCUUUUCUCGUAAGGAUGCUCUGAAGCGACACCGACUUGUUAAAGGCUGCGGUAACAAGGACGGAGACAACCAGAACGACAACGGCCGUCGCUCUCCGCAAGAGCAUUCCGACGAUGGCACGCCGCCGCUAAAGCGGGAUUGAGGGAGUCCAGCAUAGACUCACAAAGCCUUGACAGCAACGUCACAGUCUCGGUCGAAUCUAUCGACCACUGGCAUCUGCAAACUGGUGGAGCCAAGACACUGCAAGGGUUGUUCAUCGUGAUUUGAGGUCCAGACUCCCCGAGGUCUUGUGGAUAAUCCCCCAAUCACAACAUUCAGGAGCAGGGACGCACUCGGUAGAACUUCGACAACCGCACGCCCGUAGGGUACCUGCCCUGCAGGGAGGGCAAUCCUGCGAAUCAUUUCUUGGCGUCAUCGAACAGUGCCCGACUCGAAGUGUUCAAAGAAACUUCCUGAUUCUCUCUUCUUUUCUUUUUAUAACUUGGCCACUGACUUCAUCAUCUUCUCUUCGAUUCUCUCCGCACACCUGGCCAUACACGAUUAGCCAGGAGUUAUUAUUAUUACACCGAUAACACGACAAAUCUAAUGGAAACGGGACUAUCAGGGUCAUAUAGGGGGGGGUACAUCCGACACCAUUUUCAUUGGUGUUUUCUUUUUCUGCUAUGCAAGGUUUCCCAUCGCCACGGACUUCUUUCCUGGAAAGUUGCCGGUGACGAAGGUUAUGAAGGCUCGUAUGGAUCGGGACACAUUGGCUUUCACGGCGAAAGAGGAAUACAAUACGGAUCUUUGUCUUUGCAGACACAAGGGUUACGGAUCAAGGUUCAGUUACGUACCCGAAAUUUCUGGAAGGGGAACAGAGGGGAGUUACCGCCAUGAUUGGCACGGGUUACGAUGGGCAUGAGGGUGUCGGUCCCAUAACGAGGACGGGGCUAAGAUGGAGUCAUGGAUCCGACAGAGUUUGGGAAGGGGCACUUUGGGAUAGGCUCGGUCGGAGUUGGAAAGCAGAGAUUGUGGGAUAAAAGAAAAAAACCACCUCUCAAGGUAAAGGUGGAGUUGGGUUCACGGGAUUGCUUUUUGUGAGAUACCAAGAUUAUCAUCAAGGGUGAAAAUGUCACCCUUCUGUAACUAUACUGCUGCUAUGGUGGAAUUAUCGAAAUGUUGCCUGAUGCAAAUGAAAUGCAUGUUCACAGAAUCAUAUCCACUCACCUUAGACGCAGCGAGGGAGGAGAGCUUCUGGGGCAGGCGGGCUGACAUGUGAAGGAAGACUCACACCUUGGCCGUCGCCGGUCCUCCUAGUCCGGCUACAGGCACAAGAGACCUAGCUCGGCCAUCUUUGUUCCCUCC